AUGCGUCAGCUACUGCUAAGUUUUGCUUGUCUGGCGAUUGCUGCCGUUGCUGGCCCUGGCGGCAAAGGGCAACAGUACCCAUUCUUGAACGGUCUCUCUCAACAGCAGAUGCAGCAGUUCCAGAAUAUCCAUAACAGCCAGAACAUGACGAAGGCCCAGAUCCAGCAGCAACUCGACCAAUGGGCGCAAAAUAUUGGUGGAAACACUCAACGACUUUAUCAACAAUUCGAAGCGAACUCGACUCGAAUGGAGCAGCAGGUGAAGCAGAACAGAACUCGAUGGCUCCAGCAGCUCCCUACCGUCGUCAACCGAAUCCAAGCAAUUCUUGAUAACCAGACCCUGACCCCGGCUCAGGAGAAGACCCAGAUCGAUCAAUACCUCAGAACCCUAAACGAUCCGAAACUGGCCGAGCUCGGCAAGCAGUUGACCAUCGGUAUGAUGUACGGAAUGGACAAACAUGGUGGUGACAAGAAGAUGAUGAUGAACGGCCAGAUGAACGGUCAGAUGAAUGGACAGAUGGGAGGAAUGGGGCAGAUGGGAAAUCAACGAAUGAUGGACGGUCAGAUGGGUAACCGCGGGAUGAAUGGGAUGAAUGGAAUGAACGGAAACGGCAUGAACGGAAUGAACGGAAUGAACGGAAACGGAAUGUCCGGAAAUGGACAGGGUAGAAAUGGAAUGUCCGGAUACGGAAUGAACGGCAUGGGCCGCAUGAACAGCAACGGCAUGCCCGGAAACGGCAUGAACGGAAUGAAUGGAAACGGCAUGUAUGGAAUGAACGGCAUGAACGGAAUGAACGCGAACGGCGGCAUGUACGACUAC